AUGGCGUUCGGCGCAACCGUCUCUCCAGCGGCACCACCGGCGGCCGCGUGCCGGUCCAACUCGCGCGGCUCGAUGAUCGCCGCCGCGGCGACCACGUGUCUCGUAGUCAGUGCGUCGCUCGGCGGUAUGACCAUGAGCGGCGCUGCGUCCCCGGCGGCCAGCCCAGCGGCCAGCCCGACCGCGUCCCCUCACGGCCUGUGCUGGGCGGACUCCGCGACGCUCCCCGUCUACUACACGGACCUCGCGCCGCGCGCUGCGGCGCCCAUGGACGCACGCGAGACGGCGGCGCGAUGCGCGGCGUGCCCGUGCGCGUGCGAGGAGCGCGGGGAGCUCCUCCCGGCGCGGGAGUCGUGGGCGAAGAAGGUCGCCACGAUGGCGCUCGGGGAGGAGUACGCGGCCGCGAAGGCGCGGGAGGAGGAGACCGGCGAGCGCGAGAGCGUAGUCAGCAAGACUGCGUACGAGCUGGUGAUGUGGGCGGUCGACUGGGGGCUCGACGCGAUCGGAGUAUCCGGUUGA